AUGUUGCACACUCUCCGUGGCUCCUUAGCAGUCCUUCUUCUGCCUCUGCUGGCCGCCAAUGCAGCAAAGUUUCGCCCAGAAGAAGGCCAUAUUCUGUCCAAUGGAACGUACCGGUUACCUGUUCCCUUCGACAUAGCUUCGACCCAAACAAACAAAGAAGGGGCUGAAGGCGCCUCCUUUUGGUCAUCAUCCUUCAUUCUCGGCUCCAACAACCAUAGCUACAUGAUUCUUUCGCACGUUCUCGCCAAUCUUUCUCUAUACAGAGCAUCCAUUCUUGACAUCACGGACCCAUCGCUGUACACUCAGUUUGAGACUCUCUCGAACUCUACGACUUCUGUCUACUCUGAAACUGGUGUAUUCAAUGCGUCGUUCCCAGACUACGGCUUUGGCUCUACCAGCCCCUCCGACGGGCUAUCUGAGAUUCGAACCUGGAGCGCGGUUCCUGGAGCCGAGUUCGACCUGACUUUCGAGACGACUUCCCCAGUACUCCUUAACGGUGGUCUCGGUGUGUUCAAGGCUGGUAAUAAGACGGUUUAUGAGUGGAGCAUGCCUGCGGGGAAGACCAGAGGUUGGUUGAAUGCCAAUGGGACUAGGGUGUUGGUGGAUGCUGCCCAGUCCUUGACGUGGUACGACCGGCAAUGGGGUGGAGCGCCACCCGACUGGUCAUGGUUUGAACUUCAUCUCGAGAAUGUCAAUGGCACUGACGUCCCCCUCUCUAUCUGGGUCUGGGACGAGGAAGGAGGACAGAGAGGCCUUGCGACUGUCCGAGAUGGAGAUGUACAGAACGUCGUCCCUGUUGCGUCUCUGGAGACGUCUGGACGCACCUUCACUUCCAAAGCAUCAGGUGCUACUUACCCGCUUGACUGGUCCCUCCGCCUGGCCGAUGGGACUGAACUCUCCAUCUCGAGUGUGAGAGACGAUCAAGAGUUGUACGCACCAGGCGGAAAGCUGCCGACGUAUGAAGGAUACGUUACUGUGACUGGUGUUUACAAGGGACAUCAGCAUGUUGAAGGAUACGGUCUCAUCGAGGUCACCCCACCCAACGCAAUCGGGGCGUAA